UUCCUUCUCAGGUAUUCGAUCUGACCCUGCUUAGACCCACAUUCACCAGCCUUCUGCAAGAAGAUUUGGGGUGUCCCGCCGAAAUCCCCGACGGGAAACGUCCCAUCUCAUUGACGGACUGGAGGGAGGAAGUGUCGGAGGACACGGCUGACACGGUACCUGUUGCGACGCACGGCUUUUCCAACGCAAUGGUCAUGCUAGGCGAUCUGGCAAGCAAGGGGGUUUUGGCGGGGUCUACCACCGAACUCCCAUAUUACAUCCGCGUAGCACUCCUGCUAUCAUUAGACUAUCGGCUUGGGCGCACUUGCUUGGAGACCAUCGGAACAUGCAUCGCCCAGCUUUGCGAUGCGUUGAAACGAUCGAACGACUGGGAAACCCUAUCGACCGACAUCAUAGAACAUAUGCUGGACACAACGAAACAGGACGUUUUCGAGCAGCAUCACAUUCUGGAGGCUCUCAAAUGGGCAGCAGCCACAUCGCCUGCGGCAUGGGAGCUCAGAUUACGUUUGGCAACCAGUUUUGUUGAGCAACAUGGCUCAGAGGAACCAUGCAGCGACUGCAGGACGGGGAAAGCGGAUACCUCCCAUAGACUGAAAUGCAUAUGGAACGCCAUGCAAAGGGAUGAGUUUUCAGCUUCGCGCUUCAAACAGUCGGGGUUGCCUGAGGAUUAUGUGAAGAUGACGAUGGCGGUCAAGAUACUGGGGAUCGCUCUGGGAUCAGUGGACGACUUACAGAAGGAUAAGAAAAUGGCAAACGAGAUUGCAAAACGUUUGAGGUUGAUAUUUGGAAACAUUGCUGACCCACGGGCAUCAUAUAUUGAGCGCUCAGAGGCGAAGCACGAACUUGUCACUUUGAGCAGCUGGAUUCGCCUAGUAGCACCUAUCACUGAUUCAGAUACUCAAACGCGACUACCAUUCACGAAAAAGGAACCUAUGGAACCGCCACUUGCCAUCCAAACAGAACCAAGUAUGGCUCCAGAUAUGUCGUCGAAGGAAUAGGCGGGCGUCAGAGGUUCCCUGUCACCCAAAGAAAGACUCACUUUUGGCACCAUCCAUCUGAGCCCCUACACACUCCGACCAAGAGGAGGCGGUUUCCACAC